AUGGCAGUUGCUGCGGCUGUGCACCGCCUGGCAUUGCUGGACCGCCGCCGGGUAGCACGUAGCAUCGCGGCCACGCUGCUGUUGAUUGCCGCUUCCAUCUUUCUUCGACUUCGUCGCAGGCUCCGAGGCGUGAACAGCUUGCCGUGGCUUCUCAAGAUCCGUGGGCCGCCAGUCCACGCGGACGGUACAGCGAGUACCGGAGAUGCGGCCAGUACAAGUGAAGCGGCAGCCAGGAAGGAAGCCACCCCGCCCGAAGUUACCUCCGCUGUGCACAACUUCGCUGUCUUCAACGUGGGCGAGAACGUUUCGUACCCCGAUGGUGAGCAGGGCGAAGUGGUUGCUAUCGAUGAAGACGGCGACCUGCAGGUCGUGACCCGAAGGGGUUCGAAAGGUACGCCUGCGGCGAAGUCGCGGAGCUUAUGGGUUUUGACGGAGAUGGCGGUUGAGAAGAGCGACGUCAAGGUACCAGCAAGCAAUCUUGCCGUCAGCGUUUGUGGCGAAGUGGCGGGCGUGGUCGGCUUCGAUGCCGAUGGGGACGUGAUUGUCCUCAAGCAGGUCCGCGACUUCAUAGCCUCGCGCUCAUUCCGUGGUCCUAGUCAUGCGCGGAAUGCACAACUAUGCUUAAAGAACUACUGGUCCUACGGCCCGUGCCGCGGCUACCGCGCCUGGGUGAAGCGCGCCGCUGCUCCGCAGGCGCGUUUUGAUCUCCUGCAUGCCUUGCAUACCAUGGCAGUUGCUGCGGCUGUGCACCGCCUGGCAUUGCUGGACCGCCGCCGAGUAGCACGGAGCAUCGCGGCCACGCUGCUGUUGAUUGCGGCUUCCAUCUUUCUACGACUUCGUCGCAGGCUCCGAGGCGUGAACAGCUUGCCGCGGCUUCUCAAGAUCCGUGGGCCGCCAGUCCAUGUGGACGGUACAGCGAGUACCGGAGAUGCGGCCAGCACAAAUGACGUGGCAGCCAGGAAGGAAGCCGCCCCGCCCGAGGUGACCUGCGCCGUGCACAAUUUCGCCAUGUUCAACCUGGGCGAGAACGUUUCGUACCCCGACGGUGAGCAGGGCGAAGUGGUGGGCAUCGAUGCAGACGGCGACCUGCAGGUCGUGACCCGAAGUGGUCGACAGGCCACGUGGUAUGGCUCGAGAUGCUGUAAGGCACUGAGCAAAGGCAACAGAGUGAGGUAUGCCUGCGGCGAAGUCGCGGAGCUUAUGGGUUUUGACGGAGAUGGCGACCUCAUUGUCCAGAAGAGCGACGGCAAGGUGGCUUGCUGGUACCUCGCUCGCACCGAGAGGCUGUUGAGCGUAGGGGAUCGCGUGACAUACGUUUGUGGCGAAGUGGCGAGCGUGGUCGGCUUCGAUGCCGAUGGCGACGUGAUUGUCCUCAAGCAGAAUGGCCGCCAAGCAACCUGGUUUGCGCACAAGUGCGCGUGA